AGGCGGGGUGUAUGAUGAUGCAGGCAGCCAUGUGGCGCGUCCCUUCGCUUUGAAAAGACCACGCCGCCUCUUCUCACGGUGCAGACACCUUGAAAGGGGAGAAGGUAGUUGGAUACACAGAAGUGAUUGCGCAGCCCAGUAAGGUUGUUUCGUGCCAGCUUUUUCCAGAACUGUCCACGUCCGGAGAAAAUUGCAUCCACGUGAAAUAUGCUGCCUGUCCUUUUCUGUCGUAUGGAAAAGGUUAUGAUGCAUGAUCUCCGCAGAAAAAAAUCCCCUCUAUAACCAACGGGAUCCAGUGUACCUGACCACACUCGAUUCGGUCCUGGAAGUGUGUGUGCUGCACCCAAGCCUUAAGCUGUGUUCCUCCAUCCACUUGUUUUACUCAUCAGGAACAUCUUGUGAUUCAUCUGUCGCAAGUGUAUACUCUUCUUCUUUUGGGCUUAGUACAAAAGGCUCACAAAAAUGAUCCCCAAUGGAUAUUUGAUAUUUGAGGACAACAGCUUCCUUGAUUCUACCGUGGCAAAGAUGAAUACGCUUCGGAAGAGCGGCCAAUUCUGUGACGUAAGGCUGCAGGUCUGCGGCCGUGAGCUAACGGCGCACCGUGCCGUCGUGGCUUGCUGCAGCCCGUACUUGUUCGAGCUCUUCAGUAGCAGUACUGAACCCAGUGGGGUCGCUCACGUGACCUUUGAGGACCUGGAGCCCGAGGCGGUGGAGAUUCUGCUCAAUUACGCCUACACAGCCCAGCUGAAGGCUGAAAAGGAGCAGGUCAGAGAUGUCUACUCUGCCGCGAAAAGGUUCAAGAUGGAAGGGGUGAAACAGAUUUGUGGGAACUACCUGCUGUCAAAGAUGGACUGCCGAAGUGCAAUCUCCAAUCGCAUCUUUGCCAGCUGCAUGGGAGACAGCCAUCUCUUAAGCAAGAUCGAUGGGUACAUCCAAGAACACCUGAUGGAGAUUUCAGAUCAGGAGGACUUCCUCAAACUUCCCCGACUCAAGCUGGAGGUCAUGCUAGAAGACAACCAGAGCCUGCCCAGCAACGGUAAACUGUACUCCAAGCUGAUCCGCUGGCUUCAGCGCACCUUGUUAGAGAACGGGGAACAGCUGGAGAGUCUGAUGGAGGAGGUGCAAACUCUGCAUUACUCCGCAGAGCACAGGCUGCAUGGCGGGAGUUUGUUUGAAGGGCAGGCUGAGGUUUUUGGCAGCGACGACCACAUCCAGUUUGUGCAGAAGAGGCCUCCGCGGGAGAAUGACCAUUGGCAGAUAGGCCCUGGCUCCCACACAAGUCUGUCUCCCGGGUCCAUCGAUCAUCUCAGCCAUGAGUGGAAGUACGUCGCCUCGGAGAGGACUUCCAACAACGCGUACCUGUGCCUGGCAGUGUUGGAUGGGCUGCUGAGUGUCAUCAUCUUACACGGCCGCACCAGUCCCCAGGUCUCCCCCUCUGGCACCCCUUGCCUCCUCAAGAGCAUGAGCUUCGAGGCGCAGCCGGAGGAGCUGGACGACAGGCUGCUGCCACCCAUGCACUAUGCCCGCUGUGGCCUGGGCACCGCAGGGUUGAAUGGCAGGCUUAUUGCCGCAGGUGGGUAUAACAGGGAGGCGUGCUUGCGGACGGUGGAGUGUUAUGAUCCUCUGGCAAGGACUUGGUCCUUCCUGGCACCCAUGCGAAUGCCCAGGGCACGGUUCCAGAUGGCGGUGCUGAUGGGUCAGCUCUAUGUUAUGGGCGGCUCCAACGGCCACUCGGACGAGCUGAGCUGCGGGGAGAUGUAUGACCUCCAAACAGACGAGUGGACUCAAGUGCCGGAGCUCAGGACCAACCGAUGUAACGCAGGCGUUUGUGCCCUGAACAGCAAGCUCUACGUCGUGGGAGGAUCUGACCCCAGUGGGCAGAAAAGCCUGAAUAACUCUGAUGCCUUUGACCCUGUCACCAAGACCUGGACUAGCUGUGCUCCCCUCAACAUCCGGAGACAUCAAGCAGCUGUGUGUGAGCUGGGUAACUUCAUGUACGUGAUCGGAGGAGCAGAAUCCUGGAACUGCCUGAACACGGUAGAGCGUUACAACCCUGAAAACAACACCUGGACCCUGAUAGCCCCCAUGAAUGUGGCUCGGCGUGGGGCAGGAGUGGCUGCGUAUGAAGGAAAGCUGUACGUGGUGGGCGGCUUUGACGGAUCCCGCGCCUUGCGCUGCGUGGAGGUGUACGACCCGGCAAAGAACGAGUGGAAGAUGAUGGGCAGCAUGACGUCAGCUCGCAGCAAUGCGGGCGUGGCCGUGCUGGGGGGCGCUGUUUGCGCGGUGGGUGGCUUCGACGGCAAUGACUUCCUCAGCUCCAUGGAGAUGUAUGACCCGGAUGCCAACGAGUGGAGGCCCUGCAUAGAUGCUGCUGAUGCCAUCUAAGCAAGCUUUGUGAAGUUCUGGAUGGGAAUGGAAAGGGAGGCCUGAUGUGCUGAGAAGAACAACCACAAUCUAUGAAUACUGCAUAUUUUUGCUGUAUAUAUUUUUUUCUCACUUUUGUCUUGGAAUACCAGUGCACCCAUCCUUCCUGGUAUACCAUAACAACCACGGCUUCAGUUUCUCUAACCUCUCUCCUCCAUAAUUCUACUUCACAUUUGCAUCUAAUGCCUUAAGUAUUAUGGUCAUUAACAUUACAACAAAUCUGAUUCUCUUUACCACUACUGUGCUAUAAUUGGCCUUUUCUUGUAUAUACAUUUUUUUAUACACUGUUGUGCAUAUUACCAAAUGAUAUAACCAGUGGCUGAUGCCCAUGGCAAGUUGUCGCGUGAGCCUAGUGCUCAGAUCUCACCGCUAAGACGACGCUUUCAUUUUGUUAGAGUGAAAUAAGUUCUGUAUCCCAUUUGUUAUGACGCAUUUCUUAAUAAAGCAUUUGUACCUGCACAAGGUGA